CUCAGCUGAUCAACCUCUUGUGCAUAUUCCGGAGUAGAACGUGUGCGCUUCGAGCGGUGGAAAAAGCUGAUUUUUCACCUUCCUGCGACACUGACAACCAUCUAAAUAUAACAGAAUCUGUGUCUCACAAUAUCUGAAAGAUGGCAGACACAGAGCAAAGACCUCCUCCACCUCAAACAGGGCCUACGCAAUUCUUGUUGAGUAACAAGCUGGAAACGGCUAUGUGGCUGUCAAGACUCUUUACCGUCUACUGUUCCAUCAUGUUCAUUCUUCCCCUGCUUGGUCCUCAAGCAGCUGCUAAUUUCUAUCAGAGGGCAUUGCUGGCAAACGCCCUGACCAGUGCUCUGCGUCUGCACCAGAGACUUCCUCACUUUCAGCUGAGCAGAGCCUUCCUGGCCCAGGCCUUACAGGAGGACAGCUGCCACUAUCUCCUAUACUCUCUCAUCUUUGUCAACUCCUACCCUAUCACAAUGAGCAUAUUUCCGGUGUUUCUCUUCUCACUUCUCCAUGCCACCACCUACACCAAAAAAGUUCUCGAUACUAUGGGACCCAACAGCAUUAUGUUUGUGAGGAACUUUCUGAACAAGCUCUCAGCCAAUCAGCAAAACAUUCUCAAGUUUAUUGCAUGCAAUGAGAUUUUCUUGAUGCCUGCUACAGUCUUCAUGCUUUUCAGUGGCCAAGGCAGCUUGCUUCAGCCCUUCAUCUAUUAUCGAUUUCUCACUCUGCGUUAUACCUCAAGACGCAAUCCAUAUUGCCGGACUCUUUUCACUGAGCUGAGGAUUUUGUUGGAGCACUUUGUGAUGAAGCCCAGUUGCCCUGCCUUCUUCAGAAAGAUGUGCCUAAACAGCAUUGCCUUCAUCAGCCGCCUUGCCCCCACUGGGGUUUAACUGCUUUCUCUGAACUUCCACACUCAUACGCACUACACAUGCUUCAGCACACAUACACAAGUCCUAUAACAGUUCAGAGUUGGAACCAUUUUAAGAUGGACGUCAUGAUGAUUGCUCAGAGAUGGAUGUCCUCCUCUGCACUGAAGGCAUUCGCUAUGUUGGGAGAGACUAUCAAUCUCACAGACUGCAUCCAAAAAAACAAACCCGCCAGAUGAUGCAUCUCUGUGCGCAGUUGUCUGUAAGGGUGGUAAUUGUUUUAUUGGUUCAUUAGAGCAUUUAUAUUAAUACUUAUUCUCUGGGGAUGGACCCUUGAGAUAUCUUAACUGUAAGGGAAAAUAGAUGAUUUUUAAUAGUUUCUUUCUAAUGAGAUUUCAGUUGUCAUUUAUACGUGUCUGUAUUUCCAUUUUUAUGUUCUUGCUGAGCAUUGUUAUUUUAUGUCUUGUACUGGAUUACCUUGAAAGUAACUUGCCCAAGCUUUUGCUUUUUUUUUUUAAUAGUUGACAAUGACCUGAAUGUGAAUGAAUUGAAGUUUUAGGUUCCAGUUCCACUGCUGAGUUAUGUGAACAUGCUGAUGAUAUGAGAACUAUUGUUGCAAAUCCUGUGAUCAUUCAUGUAUUGCAUCAGUUAUGUUAUGCGUUCAAUGCUGUUUAUUAUCAUGGCCAAGUUGUGAAAAUUUGAAACUUGAAAAUUUGUCAACUAUUUGCUUGUUCAAGGCAUGUUGUCACUAUUUAUUGCCUCUUGUUUAUAACUAGGCUCUAUGUAGAUUAAUAAAAUCUAAGAUUAAUUUAACUGGUAUUUAUGAUGGUUUAAUUGUCAAAAAUAAUUUUUGUGGCAGUGGUUUUCUGCAACCUUUUUGGUUUGCAGUACACUGUUAGAAAGCACACGUCACUCCUCUCUUCAUUAAGUUACAUUGGCUCCCUAUAGUCGCUCGCAUCAAAUUUAAAGCUCUGCUCUUGGCCUUCAAGACCACUACUGGUUCAGCACCCCCAUAUCUUCACUCGCUAGUACAGACUAAUGUACCCGCCAGAUCCCCUACGCUCUGCAAACGAACAACGUCUUGUAGUGCCAUCCCAAAAAGUGAGAAAAACCCCACUCUCGCAUACCUUCUCUGGAUCUGUUCCACAUUUGCGGAAUCAUCUGCCCAAUGCUACAAGAUCAACAGAUUAUGUAGCCACCUUUAAGAAUCAGCUGAAAACACAUCUUUUCCAUCAACAUCUGGCCGAUUAGUACUAACUUCUAUUUCUUUUCUACUCUUUCUGUCCUUAAAAAACAAAUCCUUACCUUUGUAUACUGUGGUAGGCUGUAUGAGACCAGUUUUACUGCUCUUGUGCUUUUUGUUGUUCCAAUUGCUUCUAUUGUUUACCUCAUUUGUAAGUCCCUUUGGAUAAAAGGGUCUACUAAAUGUAAUGUCAAUGUAAAUAAUUAAACUGUGCCACUGUAAUUUCAACAUGAAA